AUGUCUGGCUAUCCACAGUACCCUCCUCAGGGCCACUCGCCGCAGCCGCCCUACGGUCAACCGCCUCAACACCCUCAAGGAUCACCUUAUCCUCCUCAGCAGCAAGGCUACGGGCCCCCGCCUCCCCAGGGUCAAUAUGGAGCACCGCCGCCACAAGGAUAUCCUCCGCCAGGCCAGUACCCAGGUUCACCGGCGCCGGGUUACCCUCCGCAGCAACAGCAGUAUCCGCCGCCGCAACAAUAUGGACAGCCUCCUCCAGGCCAAUACGGGGCACCUCCGCCCCAACAAUACGGACAGCCCCCUGCGGGCCAGUAUGGAGCGCCACCGCAACAGUAUGGGGCGCCGCCACCACAACCGUAUGGCCAGCAAUACCCUCCUCAAGGACCCCCUGGUGCUUAUGGAGCGCCGCCACCCGGUCAGUAUGGACAGCCUGCCUAUGGAGCUCAAGCCCCGUAUGCUGUCCCGACGCCUCCAACUUUUGGAUACGCACCCAGCCAAUUGCCCCAAGUUCCUUCCGAUGCCGAGGUCACGGCUAUCGAGAAAGCUAUGAAGGGUUUCGGAACCAAUGAGAAGGAGCUCAUCCGCGUCCUCUCAAAACCAGACCCAGCCAAAAUGAAUAGUAUUCGCUUGCAAUACAGUGCCAAGUAUAAGAAGGAUCUAGUCACAGAGAUCAGGAAGGAAGUGUCAGGUUACUUCGAGCAAGGGCUUGUGGCCCUUGUUUGGGGUCCGCUAACUCACGAUGCCAACAUGCUGUACUCAGCGAUGAAGGGUUUGGGAACGAAGGAAACAGUACUUGAUGACGUCCUUCUUUGCAGAAGUAACGCCGACAUCAAAGCCAUCAAAGCCGAGUAUCAAACACUCUUCCACAGGACUCUCGAAGCCGACCUCAGGGGCGAUCUCUCAGGCGCCACCGAGCAAAUGUACAUGAUGGUUGUCGCAGCGACCCGCAACGAAGACUCGGUCCCCGUGAUCCCGCAAGAGAUUGACCGAGACAUCGCCGAGCUCCAGCGCUCCCUCGGCAGCACGGUUAACAAGGACCCUGUCCAGUUUUGCCAUAUAUUGACAAACCGAAACGACAACCAGCUCCGCGCUAUCGCCCAGGGCUACCAUAAGAAAUAUCAGAAGACGCUUGAUAGUAUGAUUAAAAGCCGUUUCAGUGGCCACAUGGAGGACGCGCUCUGUCUCAUCAUUGCCCGCAGUCUCGACCGUGCAGCUAGCGAUGCGGCGCAACUAGAGGCUACGAUGGCUGGUAUGGGCACUAAGGACAAGCUUUUGAUCGACCGUGUUGUUCGCAUUCACUGGAAUCGGCAGUAUAUGAACCAGGUCGAGGCUGCAUUCCAGGCGAAGUACAAGAAGACGCUUAUCAACCGGAUCAAGGGCGAGACGAGAGGUGACCAGGAGAGGCUACUUGUUGCUUGUGUCGAGUAG